AUCAUUUGAGAAGAAACGAGAGAAGACGAGAAAAUGCAAAUUGGUCGCGUUAUAUUCCAAAAUACUUUCUCGAAGUUGCAAUCGAUACGUCAAAUCUCUACAACGUUGAACGCAAUGGCUCCCAUUAAGGUUGGCGAAAAAUUGCCCUCUGUGGAUCUGUUCGAAGAUUCUCCAGCCAACAAGAUUAAUACUGGUGAUUUGACUUCCGGCAAGAAAGUUGUAAUAUUUGGUGUUCCAGGUGCUUUCACUCCCGGCUGCUCCAAGACACACUUGCCCGGAUAUGUCUCCUCAGCUGAUAGCUUGAAGUCACAACAGAAAAUUGAUGAAAUUGUUUGUGUCUCAGUAAAUGAUCCAUUCGUAAUGUCGGCAUGGGGCAAGGAACACAAUGCCUCCGGAAAGGUACGCAUGUUGGCCGAUCCUUCUGCCGCUUUUGCUAAAGCCUUGGAUUUGACCAUUGACUUGCCACCAUUGGGCGGUGUACGUGCCAAGCGUUUUUCCAUGGUUGUGGAAAAUGGACAAGUCGUUGAAUUGAACGUCGAGCCUGAUGGCACCGGCUUAAGCUGCUCUUUGGCCAAUAAUUUGGGUAAAAAAUAAGA